AUGUCAAGCUUAUAUAAACUCUCUGUUAAAACUCUUAAAAAUACUGAUUGGGAAUUAAGUUCACUCAAAGGAAAGGUAGUUUUGUUUGUGAACGUAGCUUCUAAAUGCGGCUUCACGCGCCAAUACAAAGGUUUGGAAGAGCUUUAUAAAAAGUACAAGGACCAAGGAUUUGAGCUUGUUGGAGCACCUUGCAAUCAGUUUAUGGGUCAAGAACCUGGUAAUCCUGAAGAAAUUGAAAACUUUUGCAAGCUCACUUACGACGUCAGCUUUCCUCUUCUUGCUAAAGUUGAUGUCAAUGGUCCGAACGAAGCACCUCUCUACCACUUUUUAAAGAAUUCUAAGCCUGGUAUUUUUGGUUUGACCAGAAUCAAGUGGAAUUUCGAGAAAUUUUUGGUCGAUAAAGAAGGUAAUGUCGUUCAACGCUACUCAUCCUUGGUUGAACCUCAAGCCAUUGAAGAAGAUAUUAAGAAGUACUUGCAAAAAUAA